GCUGGCCUCGAACUCACAGAGAUCCACCUGCCUCUGCCUCCCAAGUGCCGGGAUUAAAGGUGUGCGCCACCACCGCCCAAUUUAUGUCAUUUUUUAAGGCAGGUUGUCACUGAGGUUGACCAGUAACUCACUAUGUAGUUCACCUGUCAUUGAACUCCUAACAGUGUGUUAGGAGUGUCCUGAGUGUUGAGAUUGUGACAUCAGUGACCCUGUCCCACUGUCCAUUUAUAGUAAGAAACUCCAGGGUGAGUAGCUUUAAGGCCACCACAGCUUGGAUGGGUGUAUUGUACCAGUAUGAACAGAAAGCCCAGAACCUCAACCAGUAUUUUCUCACUGACUGGAUAGAAUAAGGCCCCAAGACUCCCAAUUCAGGCACUGCAUUAGGUCCCAGGUAGAGCUAAGAACUUACUGCUGAGCUGGGCAGUGGAUCCAGGAACUGUUGCUUGGGGCAUGAUUCUGGGAAUGGUGUUUUAUUAGUUCUUGUGUGUGACACAGGGGAAGGAUUAUGCAUCAAAAUUGCCUUCUCAGGACUGUUUAAGAUUACAAGGUAGUUGCAUAUCAUUAUCCCAAUGCCUUCUCAUCUGUUCUAAUGAUGGAAGGUCUUAGUUAGAGACUAUUAGCAGUUGGAGUUUAGGGAAGGAACAUUUUGUCCAAACCACAGGGCAGAAAAUUGGAACAGAAUUAACAUAAAACAAGAUCAGGAAUUUCCUGUCCAGCCCACGGGGUGGAGUUUGGUCCAUUCCUGUCUCGUACUGAAUAUAAGUCCUGCCGUAAUGUCAGAAGCAGAAAAGAGCUGCUGUUGGAGUGGUUGCAUCUCAGCAUCAACCAUGACUCUCAAGGUGCUGCUGGUGUGUCUGGUGCUCGCUCUCUUUACUGUCUUUGCUCUGACCUAUGUCUUGCUGACCAGGCAAGGCAGUUCCAGCCAGUCUCCUCGAUGCCCCUCCAUUCCUCUCAGAAUUCAUCCCUGGAUGCACCAUGGCCAGAGUCAGCUGUUUGCAGACCUGAGCCCCGAGGAGCUAACAGCUGUGAUGAGCUUUCUGACCAAGCACCUGGGGCCAGGGCUGGUGGACGCUGCCCAGGCUCGGCCCUCAGACAACUGCGUCUUCUCGGUGGAGCUGCAGCUGCCUGCCAAGGCUGCAGCCCUGGCCCACCUGGACAGAGGGGGCCCGCCACCUGCCCGAGAGGCGCUGGCCAUCAUCUUCUUUGGUGCACAACCCCAGCCCAAUGUGACUGAGCUGGUGGUGGGGCCCCUGCCUCGCCCGUCCUACAUGCGGGAUGUGACUGUGGAGCGUCAUGGUGGGCCUGUGCCCUAUUACCAGCGCCCCAAGCUGAAAGUGGAGUUCAUUCAGAUUUGGAGGUAUUUGAAAGAAGUGGAACUCCCAAAGGCACCCACCUUUCUGGCUUCUGUCUUGAACUACAAUGGCUCUACCUUGGCACCUCUGCAUUCUUCUGCUAGUGGCUUCCAAUCAGGGGACCGGACUACCUGGAUAGCCCUCUACCAUAACAUCUCAGGUCUCGGAAUAUUUCUUCACCCUGUGGGGUUGGAGCUACUGCUGGACCACAGAGCCCUGGACUCUGCCCACUGGGUGGUCCAGCAGGUCUUCUACCUUGGGCACUACUAUGCAGACUUGGCCCAGUUGGAAUGGGAAUUUAAGGCUGGCCGCCUAGAAGUGGUUCGUGUUCCUCUACCCACACCAAAUGGGGCUUCCUCCCUGAGGUCUCGAGUUACUCCAGACCCCCCACUUUCCCCUCUUCAGUUCUCACCCCAGAGUCCCCAGUACAAUGUGCAGGGAAACUUAGUGGUAUCCCCCCUCUGGAUGUUUACAUUUGGUCAUGGUGUGUUCACUGGCUUAAGACUUUUUGAUGUUCGGUUUAAGGGUGAGCGUGUGGCUUAUGAAAUCAGUGUCCAGGAGUGCCUGACUGUUUACGGUGCUGAUUCCCCCAAAACAAUGAUGCUCCGUUAUUUGGACAGCAGCUACGGGCUUGGCCAAAACAGUCGAGCCUUGGUUCGGGGGGUGGACUGCCCUUACCAGGCCACAAUGAUGGACAUCCACAUAUUAGUAGGCACAGGGGCAGUCCGGCUGCUCUCAGGGGCUGUGUGUAUAUUUGAGGAGGCCCAAGGAUUUCCCCUUCGAAGGCACCACAACUACGUAGGGGGUCAUUUCUAUGGUGGUUUGGCCAGCUCAGGCCUUGUGAUCAGGUCGGUGUCAUCAGUGGGCAACUAUGAUUACAUUUGGGACUUUAUACUGUACCCAAAUGGAGCGCUUGAAGGGCGUGUCCAUGCCACAGGCUAUAUCAACACAGCCUUCCUGAAUGGAGGGGCUGAGAGCCUCCUCUUCGGGAACCGCGUGGGAGAGCGAGUGCUGGGAGCAGUGCACACACACGCUUUCCACUUCAAGCUGGACCUGGACGUGGCAGGCUUGAAAAACUGGGUGGUAGCUGAAGAUUCAGUGUUUGAGCCUGUAGCAGCCCCCUGGAACCCAGAGCAUCAGCUACAGCGCCUACAGCUGACCAGGCAGGUCCUGAGCACGGAGGACCAGGCUGCAUUUUCCCUGGGGAGCUCCCUUCCUCGAUACCUUUACCUGGCUACCAACCAGACCAAUGCCUGGGGCCACCAGCGUGGGUACCGAAUCCAGAUCCACAGCCCUCGUGGUAUCCAUGUACCUUUGGAGAGUGACAUUGAAAGGGCUCUCAGCUGGGGAAGAUACCAGCUUGUGGUGACCCAGAGGAAGGAGGAGGAGUACCAAAGCAGCAGCAUCUAUUACCAGAAUGACCUGCGGACCCCGACCAUGGCCUUUGCUGACUUCAUCAACAAUGAGACCCUCUUAGGAGAGGAUCUGGUGGCUUGGGUGACAGCCAGUUUCCUGCACAUCCCCCAUGCUGAGGACAUCCCCAACACAGUGACUGUGGGGAACCGUGUGGGCUUCUUUCUCCGACCCUACAACUUCUUUGAUGAGGAUCCCUCUAUCUUUUCCCCUGGCAACAUCUACUUUGAGAGGGAUGAGGAUGCGGGGCUCUGCAGUGUCAACCCUGUGGCCUGCACCCCACAACUGGCAGCCUGUGUCCCCAACUUGCCCUCCUUUUCCUAUGAAGGCUUAUAGGCCCGAGGAUGUGGUAAGACCCCAGGGGGCCAGGGGGUGAGAUGUAUGCACCUCUGUUCUAUCUCCUGUGUUUUUAUCACCUGCCCCCCCCCCCAUCUCCACCCUCUGUUCCUUAGAAAACAGCCUCUUGCCACACUAAAUCCCUGGGCUGCUGCUUCUGGGUUGAUUCUUGCCUCCUGCCUGUGUUUUGUUUUGUUUUGUUGUUUUUUUCUAUUUGAGACAGGGUCUUUCUAUGUAGCCCCGGCUGUCCUGGAACUUGCCAUGUAGACCAGGCUGACUUCAGCUUGCAGAGAUCUGUCUGCCUCUGCCUCUGGACUGCUGGGAUUAAAGACAUGCACCACUACUCUUGGCUUCUGCUAGUUGUUUAAAUGAUAAUUUAUUUUAAAGUGUUUUUGGAAUACUCAAACAAAACACCACAAAUCCUACCAUUUCAAAACUCGCUGGGGUUCACAUUGCACCAGACCUUAUCUUAUAUGUGUGUAUCUAAAAGGAAUGGUUGUGUGUAACUGAUAAUAAAAUGGUUUGCAAAACUUU